AUGCCGCACUCCCAACCCGAUGAGGUCCUGACGACGGACGAGUACAGCCUUCGAGCUAUCGAUAACCGUUUACGAGAGAAGAGCCGAUUAUCUCUCGUUACAGGCUCAAGUGGCGGUAUUGGAUCAGCAUGUGCUCGAGCCUUAGCUGCUGAGGGAUGCGACGUCCUCCUACAUUAUUCUUGUAGUCGGGAGAAAGCAGAAGUUCUGGCAACAGAAUUGAGAACCAGAUACCCGUCGCAACUCUUCGUCCCCGUCGAGGCAGACCUCUCAUCCCGGGAAGCAACCAGACGCCUCGUUCCGAGCUGUUUGUCUCACCCUGACAUCGCGAACAAGCACCAAGCCAUCUCCAUCCUAGUUGCAAACGCAGGCUUAGGACGUCGCAUCCGGGACCCAAAGGACAUUGAUGAGGAUGACUGGGAUGAGAUGCUCGAAGUCAACACGCGAAGUCAAUUUGUUGUGACAAAGGCUUGCUUGUCAGGUAUGAGAACCCAGGGUUGGGGAAGAGUGGUUCUGAUUGGGAGUAUUGCGAGUAGAGGAGGGGGGCUGAAUGGGUGUCAUUACGCUGCUUCUAAAGGCGCCCUUUGUUCGAUGGGCUUGAACUUGGCAACUCUACUUGCACCAGAAGGCGUGACAAUCAACAUGGUUCUACCUGCAAUGAUUGGCGCAACUGGUAUGAUCCCAGAGCCCAAAAGCAAAACUUGGAAGAAGGAUGUCAACAUGCAAAGCCUCAUGGCCUCAGACCCUGGUCUAGCUAUCGCUGGCAGUGUUCCUGUUCAUAGACUGGGAGAUCCUGAGGAGGUGUCGAAUGUUGUCACUAUGUUCGUUAAGACAGGUUACAUAACAGGGCAAGAGGUUGUCCUUGCUGGCGGACUUAAAUAG